AUGAAGGUCUCUACUGUCUACGUCGCCAUCUUCGGCGCUGCUACAGCAAUGGCUCGAUCGCCGCCUGUUUACGUUAAUGGGGCUGGGUCGGGACCUCAUGGACACGACGGUGAGCUGGAGCACACGGCCACGAUGGCGAGCCGGGACCUCACGGACAUGAGGGUGAACCGGGAUCUCACGGACAUGACGGUGGACUGGGGCCACACGGCAACGAGAGCCGCCCAAGGCCGCAUCACCACAGCGGUGCCCCAGGACCGCACGACCACGAUGGCGAGGGUGCCUCGGGACCACAUCACCACGAGGGUGCCUCGGGACCACAUCACCACGAGGGUGCCUCGGGACCACAUCACCACGAGGGUGCCCCGGGGCCGCACGGCCAUGAGGGUGCUCCGGGACCGCGCGGCCACGAAGGUGCCCCUGGACCGCACCACCACGAGGGCGGAAUUCUCACAUAAACAAGAUGAAGCCCACAUCCCUUCUCACACCGAAGAUGCGGUAGAGAAAGACAGCAUCUUCAAGCAAAUCCACGACCAGGCUCACUGCAUCCUUCCCGUGCUCAAGGCUUCACUCACCCGGAAAAUCCUCUCGGCUGGACGAAACACUGCCGGUGGUAUAAACUCACUCACGGCGCUGUAG